UAUUAACGUGAUAAAGAGAAGCAGACACGAGCUGUUGUACACUGCAGUACUGUAUUUACUGUAAAGGAAGCUCUCUGCACUUAUUCUGAACAGAACAGUAAGAACUACUGAAAGCUCAGACAUUUCAGUAUGAAUGAGACAGAAGGACUGCGCUUCAGGAAGCUGAAUAGACCUCAGAUUUUAACAGACGAUUCGCGUGAACCUCAGAACAAAAGCACGAGCACGUACAGUGGGAAGGUUUUCCGUGUCACUCUGCUGUCUCUGGCUGUGUUCCUGAUUCUCCCAGUCCUGGUGGUCACUUUUCUCCUGGACUCCCCCAUUCAGCCAGAAGCAUUCAGUCUCAAUGAACCACCGCUCAUGACUGGUUGCUUUGAACCCAACCUAAAGCUUAGACAAGCAGAAAGACUGUUUGAGGACCAGCUCAUUGGCCCUGAAUCCAUUGCUAAUAUUGGAGAUAUUCUGUACACUGGUACUGCAGAUGGAAGGAUUGUGAAAAUUGAUGGGAGGAAAAUCAAUGUUGUGGCAACUCUGGGCAAGCCUCCAUGUGGGUCUCCUGAGCAGGAGCAUGUUUGUGGACGGCCGCUUGGAAUCAGAGUGGGUCCGAAUGGCACCUUGUUUGUGGCUGAUGCCUACCUGGGUCUAUUUGAGGUUAAUCCUGUCACAGGUGAGACAACACUUCUAGUGAGCACCAAGAUGAUGGUCGGGGGUCGACGUCUCUCAUUUGUCAAUGACCUGGAUGUGACACAGGAUGGGAAGAAGGUGUAUUUCACUGACUCCAGCAGCAGGUGGCAGCGUAGGGACUUCAUGAAACUCAUCAUGGAGGCCACAGCAGAUGGCAGGGUUCUGGAGUAUGAUACUGAGACUAAAGAGGUUGCUGUUAUGAUGGAGAACUUGCGCUUCCCUAAUGGUAUUCAACUCCUUCCAGAUGAAGAGUCUGUUCUUGUUGCUGAAACUACGAUGGCAAGAAUAAGGAGGAUUCACGUGGCUGGUCUCAAUAAGGGAGGCAUGGACACUUUUAUAGAAAACUUGCCUGGCUUCCCUGAUAACAUCCGUCGCAGCUCCUCUGGUGGUUACUGGGUGGCCAUGUCUGCCAUCCGGCCAAACCCUGGCUUCUCCAUGCUCGACUUCUUGUCACAAAGACCCUGGAUUAAAAAUGUCAUAUUUAAGUUCUUCAGCCAGGAAACACUAAUGAAGUUUGUGCCACGCUACAGUCUGGUGGUGGAGCUGCAGGAUGGAGGAACGUGUGUGCGGAGUUUCCAUGACCCUCAUGGCACUGUGGCGGCCUACAUCAGUGAAGCCCAUGAGCAUAAUGGUCACCUUUAUCUGGGAUCUUUCCGCUCUCCUUACCUGUGUAAACUUGACUUGAGCAAAGUGUAAAACAGUCCUACAGGAACAUAGGACUAUAUGUCACAGGUAUUUCCUGGGGCUUCUUUAUCAGUCAUGUAACAUAUCCUCAAGAAUCAGUAAACCCUUUUUGUGCCCUCUCCCAUAAUCCUCUGCUGAAUUGAGGAACCUGAGUCCUUCACACCCGUUCCUGCAUUUAAUACAGAUGCUGUCAUUCA